AUGCGAGAUGCUUCUGCAAAGUCCGCAUGCUUUGUCCUCAUCUUAUGUACACCCUUCCUUCUCACUUAUCUUUUCACCUACAUCCGCUUUCUCUGGCAGACCCGACCUUGCAGUAGGGCAGAAGCCAUACGGCCUGCUAUACCUUCAUACUUCGUCCCGGGACUUGGCCAUGCCUACUCCAUCCUCUUCAACGCCGAGAGAUUUCUUCGUCCUCUACAGCCUCGCCUAAAGGGCUCCGUUCUAUCCCUUUCAGCACCUGCAAGUUCGCUUUGCUACGUCCUCCCCGGCGAAGGCGUACGUUCGCUUUUCAAGGGGCCUCGAGAGCUUGUCCCAGUACCUGGGAUCUUCGAUGCCUUGACUAUCUUCUUUGGCUUGCAGGCUGCCGACUACCAUGUGUUCGAACAUAACUACGUCUCGGCAUUCGAGAAGCGUGACGGCGCAGGAUUUUCGACCUCCCAUCCGGACGCAUCCAGAAGAAUCAUGGAACAUCAACGAAAAGACUUCAUCACCUUCCUGAAUGGGGAAAAUCUCAGACUUGUGAUGGACAGAUUCUCAUCUAACCUCAAUCAUCAACUCUGGCCACAUAACGCUUCUGUCACGAACCAAUGUCCCGUUGUGUUUCCUGAUCUAUAUAAGUUCGUCCGCGAUGCAAUUUUCCGAGCGGAAGUCGAGGCCCUCUACGGGAAGCACAUCUUUAAGAGUUGCCCAUCAUUCUGUGAAGACUUUUGGGCCUUGUAUGAUGCAUUCCCCGUCAUCUCACGUGGAGGCCCACGCUGGAUGUACCCCUCUCAAUACCGCACACGAGACCUUGUGCUCGAGAACCUGAGCAAGUGGAGGAGCUGGUGCAACUCCAACAGUGAUCAUGACGAUACGGAACCGGGCAACGCGGAGUACGACCCUAUUUGGGGUACCCGCUAUGUGAGGAACAUGGUUCGGCGCUAUGAGGAUCUUGGAUUCUCCGAAGCCGGGAUCUCAAGUGUUAUCCUUGGUUUCUUGUUUGUAACAACGGCGAACACUAUUCCCGCCGCCUGCUGGAUGGUUCUACAUGCUCUACUGGACCAGUCUCUUACCUUGAGGUUGAGGCACGAGUUGAGCAUCCGAGACAACGGAGAAAAAACAUCACUAGACUGCACAGUACUAUCGUCGGCUCCGCUGCUAAACUCAGUCUAUCGAGAAACGUUGCGACUUCACGUUGCCGGCGCUAUCGGCCGCAAAUCGGUGGGUGGCGGCCUUCGUCUCCAUGGAGAUUCCUUCUCCACUUUACCAUCGGGGACCACCGCCUUAUCAGCAAAUUGGCUCGGCGGUCUAGACGGAUCCAUCUGGAACACGGGGCGGAAAACCAACGGGGUCACGGAGCACUCUCUCGAGUCUUUCUGGGCGGAGCGGUUUCUCGAGUACCCCGACGAUCCGACAAGCGGCCCGCUCCGGAAGCCCGACUCGGUGACGCAUAACUACGAUGUGACGGAGAAAUACGUGCGCGAUGAUUCGAAAGCCAAGCUGUCGAAUCCAUCCGCGUUGCGAGGGCACUUCUUUCCCUUCGGAGGAGGCGCCUGGAGGUGUCCGGGGGAGACUUUGGCGAAGAACACCAUUCUCGUCUCCGUUUUUCUCAUUUUGAGGGACUUUCAGGUGGAGAUCUUGGACCCGACGGAUGCGGCUCAGGCUCGUUCACAUCACCGAGCUAUGCCAUUUGGAUCGCAUGCCUUUGAUAGAAAGGUACCGGUUAAGAUUUGCAAGCGAGGUUGA